CACAAAGGUUCAUGCCGCUUGAGCCUGACAUCCAUUCACACAACUGCAACCCGCGUCCGUUCCGCCCACCAUGAGCUACGGGAAGAAGGACGAGGACGCCGACAGCGGCCUGGUCAAGAUUGACCGGACCCAGGUUUUCCAGGAAGCCCGGCUCUUCAACAACUCUCCCAUCCAGCCUCGAAGAUGCCGCGUACUGCUCACCAAGAUCGCUCUCCUCCUGUACACCGGCGAGAAGUUCCCAACGACCGAAGCAACUACACUCUUCUUCGGCAUCUCCAAGCUCUUUCAAAACAAAGAUGCCAGCCUACGGCAGAUGGUCCACCUUGUCAUCAAGGAGCUGGCGAGCUCCGCCGAGGACAUUAUCAUGGUCACGAGCACCAUCAUGAAGGACACAGGCGGUAGCACAGACUCUAUCUACCGUCCUAAUGCCAUCCGAGCACUCUGCCGCAUUAUCGAUGCCACCACAGUCCAGUCUAUCGAGCGUGUCAUGAAGACUGCAAUCGUCGACAAAAACCCCUCGGUGUCGUCUUCCGCCCUCGUUUCGUCGUACCACCUACUCCCCAUAGCCCGCGAUGUCGUCAAGCGCUGGCAGAGCGAGACCCAGGAGGCGGCGGCAAGUACCAAGUCGUCCGGUGGAUUCUCCUUGGGCUUCUCGUCUUCUUCGGGCAACCUCCCGGUCAACAACUCGACCAUGACGCAAUACCACGCGAUCGGCCUGCUGUACCAGAUGCGCAUGCACGACAGGAUGGCCUUGGUGAAGAUGGUUCAGCAGUUUGGCGCGGCUGGUGCGAUGAAGAACCCUGCCGCUAUCGUCAUGCUGGUCCGCCUCGCUGCCCAGCUGGCCGACGAAGACCCGCAACUCAGGAAGCCCAUGAUGCAGCUGCUGGAUGGCUGGCUCAGGCACAAGAGCGAGAUGGUCAACUUCGAAGCGGCCAAGGCCAUCUGCGACAUGCGGGACGUUACGGACGCCGAGAUGACGCAGGCGGUUCAUGUUCUUCAGCUCUUCCUCAGCUCCCCUCGCGCCGUCACAAAGUUCGCCGCCCUUCGUAUCCUCCACAACAUUGCCUCGUUCAAGCCGCACGUCGUCAAUGUGUGCAACCCCGAUAUCGAGCUUCUCAUCUCCAACAGCAAUCGCUCGAUCGCCACCUUUGCAAUCACCACUUUGCUCAAGACCGGUAAUGAAGCCAGCGUGGAUCGGCUGAUGAAGCAAAUUUCCGGCUUCAUGUCCGAUAUCACAGACGAAUUCAAGAUCACGAUUGUCGAGGCGAUCCGGACGCUCUGCCUCAAAUUCCCCAGCAAGCAGGCCGGUAUGCUGCAGUUCCUCAGCGGUAUCCUGCGUGACGAGGGCGGCUACGAGUUCAAGCGUGCGGUGGUGGAGAGCAUGUUCGACCUGAUCAAGUUUGUCCCCGAGUCCAGGGAGGAGGCGCUCGCCCACCUGUGCGAGUUCAUCGAGGACUGCGAGUUUACUAAGCUGGCGGUCCGUAUCCUUCACCUUUUGGGUGUCGAGGGUCCCAAGACGUCCCAGCCUACCAAAUACAUCCGGUAUAUCUAUAACCGGGUUGUCCUGGAAAACUCCAUCGUGCGUGCUGCUGCCGUUACGGCUUUGUCUAAGUUCGGCGUUGGCCAGAACGAUCCCGAGGUCAAGCGGAGCGUGGACGUUCUGCUCACGAGGUGCUUGGAUGACGUCGACGACGAAGUCAGGGAUCGCGCGGCCCUCAGCCUGAGGCUCAUGCAUGAGGAGGACGAGUUAACCAACGGGUUUGUCAAGAACGACAGCAUGUUUUCUCUCCCGUACUUCGAGCAGCAGCUCGUCAUGUACGUCACAUCCGACGACAAGUCGGCCUUCGAGACUCCAUUCGACAUCUCCAAGAUUCCGGUUGUUACGCGGGAGCAAGCAGACGCCGAAGACAGGACGAAGAAGCUUACCGCGACCACCCCGUCGCUCAAGCCACCAAAGGCCGGCCCGACAAAGGCGGCCCCGUCGGCUGCCGAAGCGGCCGCUUCCGCCUCGGCAGCGGCUCAGAAGUACGCCGAGGAGUUGAUGAAGAUCAAGGAGAUCAGGGCUUUUGGCAGUGUGCUCAAGUCGUCACCGCUUGUAGAGCUGACAGAAGCCGAGACCGAGUACGUGGUGAGCGUUGUCAAACACAUCUUCAAGGAGCACGUCGUGCUGCAGUACGACGUCAAGAACACGCUCCCGGGAACAAUAUUGGAAAAUGUGUCGGUGAUGGCCACCCCGUCGGACGAGGAAGAGCUCGAGGAUCUGUUCAUCGUUCAGGCCGAGAAGCUGGAGACGGACGUGCCUGGCAAGGUCUAUGUGGCGUUCCGGAAGGUCAACGGAGAAGGGUCGAUGCCUACGAGCACCUUUUCGAACGUCCUCAAGUUUACUAGCAAGGAGAUCGAUCCGACAACCAACGAGCCUGAGGAGCGCGGUUACGAAGACGAGUACGAGGUGUCCGACUUCGAUCUAUCGGGCAGCGAUUACGUCAUCCCAACAUUCGCCAGCAACUUUGCCCAUGUAUGGGAGCAAGUCGGUGCCCAGGGAGAAGAGGCAGAGGAGACAUUACAGCUGAGUGGCGUGAAGAGCAUACCAGAGGCGACCGAACAAUUAGCCAAGGCGCUGUCCCUCCAGCCUUUGGAGGGAACAGAUGUGCCCGUCAACCAGACGACGCACACGCUAAAGCUGCUCGGAAAGACGGUCAACGGCGGGAGGGUGGUAGCCAAUGUCCGGAUGGCCUACUCGUCCAAGACGGGCGUCACGACCAAGAUCACGGUGCGGAGCGAGGAAGAGGGCGUUGCGGCUCUGGUGGUAGCAUCUGUUGCGUAAUGACGGCUGGAUUGGCGCACGGCCUUUUGCUUUCGCUGCUCUUAACGAAAUUGAGAGGAGCACUUCCCCAGCUGCGGUGUGAGCGGUGGCGUCUAGAUGAGUUCAUCAUGAUUAUUACACUGCUAGACGGCUGCUUAAUUGCAGCAUAUAAGAUGGUUGCUUCGUUGAGAGGGACUAUCAGAGUAUGUGAUUGAGGGCUUGAGGCAAUCCAACGGCAGAUCGGAAACACCGAAACUGCUGUGGAUCUGAGAUGAUCGAUGGGGCCCGGAUCUGCAACGAACUUUUUGACGUUAACUUAUCGAUAAGCCUUCCCGAAAUUCUGCCUGACGUGCCUGAGAAACGCGAAUCUGCCCCGACCAGGAUAGAUAAUAAAUUCCAACCUUAUUGACUUGAUGAUGAGCUUUAGAUGAACAGCGCCGGUUCCCG